AUGCCUCACGUCGUCACACAGUGGGACUCGGAUCAUGUAUCACCGACAGACCACGAUGGGCGGCUCUCCACGGAGCUGGAGAAUGCCACCUUGAAGGAAUACUUGAGACCCUUUCAGAUAUAUAUACGAAGGCCGAGGAGGGCAGGAGGAGCUAGACGGCCAAAUUUGAAACUUCUUGCAGCUCGAGAACUAGAGAAGUGGGAAUCCAAAGCACCGAGAGUCAAGGGGGAAGCAUCAGUUGGUAGAAAGACGCCCUUAUCUGCUACCGAAUCUCUAUUCGAAAUGUACUACUCGGACACUUACGGCUCACCAAACUCGUCUGCCUACUCAUCCACCGAAUCCUCUUUCGUUGCCGAGCUUGAGGAUACCGCAAUGAAUACGACUCGUUCACGCAGCUCUUGCCCACCAAGUUCAAACAAGCAGAUAUACAUAUAA